AUGCCCGCCUCCAAGGCGCAGCCGCCCGCUGAGGCGGCCCCGAGCGCGCCACAGUGCAUGGAUGACACCGUGGAGGAGGCGAUGCCGGACAAGAGGCUGCACUUUAGCCGAGCCGCGACAUACGUCAGCAUCAGCGCCCUGUCCUAUGCCUUUUGGAUCCUGUACCUGUGCGGCCAUCCCGACUAUGCCGCCGCCCGCGACUUUUACGAGCAGGUGCCUCCCACGCUAUACAUGUGGCCCAUGGUGGCCUUUGCCACCGCCGUGCUGCUCAACCUGCUGGCGCUGGCCUUUGAGCGGCGCCCCGUCAAGCGCCAGCUCUGCUUCCUGGCCGUCUUCAUCUCGGGGGUGGCCUUCGUGUACGAGUUCCUGGCCUGGAAGCAGUCGGCGCCCAUCUACGUGACGGCCACCGGCAGGCCCAUCUCGCUGCUGAGGUACGUCAUGUGGGCCCACGCCACCCCCAUCAUGCUCUACGCCCUCAGCAUGAUCUCAGACUUUACGGCUACGCAGGUGUGGGCCGCGCUGACGAUUGCGGUGGACAUUGUGAUGAUUAUCUUCUUCUCCUCCACCCUCCUCCACUCCAACUUCAUGUCUAUUGAGCACCGCCGCAUGAUGGCCAUGCGCGUGGUGGAGGAGGCCAACAGGAUCCGCGUCAUCCACGAGCUGCGCCAGCUGGUGGAGCAGAAAGAGCAGUUCAUCGCGCUGAUGAGCCACGAGCUGCGCACCCCUCUCAACGGCAUCAUCGGGUUGUCUAAUGUGCUGCUCAUGGACGCGGACACCCAGACCCCUGACACCGCCAAGACGCUGACCACGAUCCGCAACAGUGGCGCCCGCCUGCUCAACCUCAUCAACGACAUCCUGGACGCCUCGGCGCUGAGGAAG